AUGCAGCGCUCAGAGCCCAACAUCGUCGUCACCGGCACCCCGGGCGUCGGCAAGACCACCCACUGCGAAGUGCUGGCCGAGCGCACGGGGCUCCGCCACCUCUCGGUCAACCAGGUCGUCAAGGACAAGGGCGCGCACGAGGGCUGGGACGACGAGUUCCAGAGCUGGGUCGUGGAUGAGGACAAGCUGCUGGACGCCAUGGAGGACGACGCACAGAAAGGUGGUUGCAUAAUCGACUGGCACGCGUGUGACCUGUUCCCGGAGCGCUGGGUCGACCUCGUGGUCGUGCUGCGGACGGACUCGACGGUGCUGUACGACAGAUUGAAGGCGCGGAAAUACCCCGAGGCCAAGCUCCAGGAGAACCUCGACAGCGAGAUCAUGGAGGUUCUGCUGCAGGAGGCGCGCGACUCGUACAGCGAGCAGAUCGUCGUCGAGCUGCAGAGCAACGACUCGGACCAGAUGGAGAGCAACGUGGACCGCAUCGAGGCGUGGGUGACGCAGUGGAAGAAGGACAACCCGGACCGGCAAUAG